CGCGUCGUCCGGCGCGCAGCGGGGCCGGUGGUGGCAGCUGUGGCUGGCUUCGUUGCCUGAGCCGCGGGGUCCGCGUCCGCUCUGUCCGCCCUUCGCCCCGUCCCGGCCUCCGCGGCCCGACGCUGGCCGUCAUGGUGCUGUCGGCGCGCCCUGCGCGGCCCCGCUGAGCCUCGGUGCGGCGGCGAGUGCGGCUCGGGGUCACCAUGCCUACCCGAGUAUGUUGCUGCUGUUCUGCUUUGCGUCCUCGCUAUAAACGCCUGGUGGACAACAUAUUCCCUGAAGAUCCAAAAGAUGGCCUUGUGAAAGCUGAUAUGGAGAAAUUGACAUUUUAUGCAGUAUCUGCUCCAGAGAAACUGGAUCGUAUUGGUUCUUACCUUGCAGAAAGGUUGAGCAGGGAUGUUGUCAGGCAUCGUUCUGGGUAUGUUUUAAUUGCUAUGGAGGCAUUGGACCAACUUCUUAUGGCCUGCCAUUCUCAAAGCAUCAAACCAUUUGUAGAAAGUUUUCUUCAUAUGGUGGCAAAGCUGCUGGAAUCAGGGGAACCAAAGCUUCAAGUUCUUGGAACAAAUUCUUUUGUCAAAUUUGCAAAUAUUGAAGAAGAUACACCAUCCUAUCACAGACGUUAUGACUUUUUUGUAUCUCGAUUCAGUGCCAUGUGUCACUCCUGUCAUAGUGAUCCAGAAAUACGAACAGAAAUCCGAAUUGCUGGAAUCAGGGGUAUUCAAGGCGUGGUUCGCAAAACAGUUAAUGAUGAACUUCGGGCUACCAUUUGGGAACCUCAACAUAUGGAUAAAAUUGUUCCAUCCCUCCUGUUUAACAUGCAAAAGAUAGAAGAAGUUGACAGUCGCAUAGGCCCUCCUUCUUCUCCUUCUGCAGCUGACAAAGAAGAGAACCCCGCUGUGCUGGCUGAGAACUGUUUCAGAGAACUGCUGGGUCGAGCUGCUUUUGGAAAUAUGAAUAAUGCUGUUAGACCAGUUUUUGCACAUUUAGAUCAUCACAAACUGUGGGAUCCCAAUGAAUUUGCAGUUCACUGCUUUAAGAUUAUAAUGUAUUCCAUUCAGGCUCAGUAUUCACACCAUGUGAUCCAGGAGAUUCUAGGGCACCUUGAUGCUCGUAAAAAUGAUUCUCCAAGGGUUCGAGCAGGUAUUAUUCAGGUUCUGUUAGAGGCUGUCGCCAUUGCUGCUAAAGGUUCCAUAGGGCCCACAGUGCUGGAAGUUUUCAAUACCCUUUUAAAGCAUUUGCGUCUCAGUGUUGAAUUUGAAGCAAAUUAUUUACAGGGGGGAUCUGUAGGCAGUGCCAACUUAAGCACAAGUUCCAAAGACAAUGAUGAGAAGAUUGUGCAGAAUGCUAUCAUCCAAACAAUAGGAUUCUUUGGAAGUAACCUGCCAGAUUAUCAAAGAUCGGAAAUCAUGAUGUUCAUUAUGGGUAAAGUACCUGUUUUUGGAACAUCUACCCAUAUUUUGGAUAUCAGUCAACUAGGGGAUUUGGGAACCAGGCGAAUUCAGAUAAUGUUGCUGAGAUCUUUACUUAUGGUAACCUCUGGAUACAAAGCAAAGACAAUUGUUACUGCACUGCCAGGGUCUUUUCUGGAUCCUUUGUUAUCACCAUCUCUCAUGGAAGACUCUGAACUGAGACAGUUAGUCUUGGAAGUAAUGCAUAAUCUCAUGGAUCGCCAUGACAAUAGGGCAAAGCUCCGAGGGAUCAGAAUAAUACCAGAUGUAGCUGACCUAAAGAUAAAAAGAGAAAAAAUUUGUAGACAAGACACAAGUUUCAUGAAAAAGAAUGGGCAACAGCUAUAUAGGCACAUAUAUUUGGGCUGUAAAGAGGAAGACAAUGUUCAGAAAAACUAUGAGCUACUUUAUACUUCUCUUGCUCUUAUAACUAUUGAACUGGCCAAUGAAGAAGUGGUUAUUGAUCUUAUUCGAUUGGCUAUUGCUUUACAGGACAGUGCGAUUAUCAAUGAGGAUAAUUUGCCAAUGUUCCAUCGUUGUGGAAUCAUGGCACUGGUUGCAGCAUACCUCAACUUUGUAAGUCAGAUGAUAGCUGUCCCUGCAUUUUGCCAGCAUGUUAGCAAGGUUAUUGAAAUUCGAACUAUGGAAGCCCCUUAUUUUCUGCCAGAGCAUAUUUUCAGAGAUAAGUGCAUGCUUCCUAAAUCUUUAGAGAAGCAUGAAAAAAAUUUGUACUUUCUGACCAACAAGAUUGCAGAGUCACUAGGUGGAAGUGGAUAUAGUAUUGAGAGAUUGUCAGUACCAUAUGUACCACAAGUGACAGAUGAAGAUCGACUUUCUAGAAGAAAAAGUAUUGUGGACACCGUAUCCAUUCAGGUGGAUAUUUUAUCCAACAGCGUUCCUUCUGAUGAUGUGGUUAGUAACACUGAAGAAAUCACCUUUGAAGCAUUGAAGAAAGCAAUUGAUACCAAUGGAAUGGAAGAGCAAGAAAAGGAAAAGAGGCGUCUUGUAAUAGAGAAAUUUCAGAAAGCACCUUUUGAAGAAAUAGCAGCGCAGUGUGAAUCUAAAGCAAAUUUGCUUCAUGAUAGACUUGCUCAAAUAUUGGAACUUACCAUACGUCCUCCUCCCAGUCCAUCAGGAACACUGACCAUUACUUCUGGGCAUGCCCAAUACCAGUCUGUCCCAGUCUAUGAGAUGAAGUUUCCAGAUCUGUGUGUGUACUGAGUGACUCAUGAAGACCUCAGCAUCGGAUUUGAAACUCUGAAAAUUAAGGCCAAGCUGAGCUUUCAGGGUUUACUUAAUGCAUAUUAACAUACUUCUUGAAAAUAAUGAUGGAAACUACCUUUAAACCAAAUGCUUGGCAUACCAUGUUAGAAGUUUUGGAGCUAUAUAUAAUUUAGAGUACUUUUGAAGAUAGAUUUAUGCCAUGUUAAUUUGCUUUGAGGUUCUUAUUGGCUUUUAAAGUUGAACAUAUGUUGGUCUCAUAUUAUUCCCUUGUUAAACAGUAUAUUUUAAACUUUUCACAAAUGUAAUUUUUUUUUAAAAGUAAGCCUUCAGAGAAUUGAAAAUGUUUUAAGUGUCUACUGUAUUUCUUAAACAUCCACACAACUGCUUAGAAAUAGAAUUGCUUUUGGUUUUGGUUCUCUGCAAAAGUGGAUAUAUUCAAAUAUAUUCAAAUAUUUGAAAUAUUUUCCUAGUCCCUCAUAUAUAUUCCUAAUCCUGGGCCUGCAAAACUAUUCUAUAGCUUUGUGUCACCAUGCAUUGGAUAAGUUGUGAUAGGCGUCCCUCUAUUCAUUUACUAUAAUAACAUGUGAUAGGCAUUCCUCAUCUUGUUCACAGUAAUAAAACAUCUGUUGAAUAGCAUUCCUACAAUAUGACCCUAAAAAUUGCCAUACCUUAAAGCAUCUAGUUCUUGUAAUAAUGUGUUUCCUGCCAAGAGUUUGAUCAUUCUGCUUGAGAGGCAUAGAGCUUACUCUUGGAGAACCAAACUGUGCAAUAUUUUUUACAUCAUAAGAUGUAUUAGUUUACAGGCUGUGCUUUGAAAUUAUAGUAGUAUUUUGCUGUGGCUCCAUGAAUUAAAUGAGAAUAUAUAUUUAGUAUAGGAAAAAAAAGAUGUUUAAAAUAGCUACUAGUUCACCUGUGAGGAGUCUGUACAUUUUGAUUUCUAUUAAGAGCACAUUAAUUUACAUUUUUAUAUUGUGCAUUGUUUUAGAUCCUCAUAGUCAAAAAAUUCCCCAGAUGGACUUUUAAUUUGUAAGAUUUGAACCAUAAGUUUUAUGCAUCUUUGUUGUGAAUUAGUUAUAUUACAUUUGAAAAGAGUGCCUAUGUUUUAGUAAUCAAGUGUGCUAAGGUUCGUCAAUUUAAGCUGCUUUUGAUUUCAUUUACCAAGCUCACAGGUUCUCUCUACACAUGCACUUACAGGCACAUAAAAUUAUGUACAUUUUAGUGAAUUCCAUCACAUGGUAAAAUGAAUAACUUUCUUUAUAGCUCUUAGAAAAUUAUCUUAGGACAUUUUUAUAAAAUCACCUGUUUAUAAUUCUACAUUUUCAAAUUCAAUUUCUUUUUACACAAAACUGUAUACAUAUCAAAAACUGUAGCUCAAAAAACAGUUGAGUUUUCAGCCUUUUUGUUUUUGUUGUUUUUUUUUUUUUUUUUUUUUUUUUUGAAAAAUUGCAGUGAAGAAUGGGAUGUUUUAACUUUGCAUUUGUGGUUAUUCGGGCACCUUUAGUAGAAACAAAAAAGUAAGGAAAUAAUAACAGAACAAGCAUACUCAAAGAUUUUUGAAUAUUUAAACCAAAGUGCAACAUCUUGAAUAAGUAUCUAGUCAUUUAAACCUAUAAAAUGAUCCCAGAACAUCCUAGGCUGUUUAUUAAAUGUAGACUAACAAGACCUUGUUUUCAGAGUGACAGUGAAGUCACCACUGGAGGACUGAAUGGCCCCAUUGCAGCUGUCACUGGAACUUUGCCUCUUGAUCAGGUAAAAUGCUUCACCAGUUAAUAAUAAGCCAAGUUUUAUGUUUUUUUAAUUUCCCUUUUUUCCUUCUGUAUUUUUAAAGAAGGCUAUUAAUUUUUGUGCAUUUUUAAAAAUCUAAGCAGGGGGACAUGCAAAAACAAUCAUCAUCCACUUGGAUGUCAUUUUAUAGAUUAACACUGUGUGCUUUUGUAUGGAAAAAUAUAAUUUAAUAGUAUGAGAAAAGAAGAUAUAUAUUCAUUUGCACUCAUGUGAAACACAAACUUUACAAAAUUUCGUGUUUUUCAGUGAUUUAAAACUGCAUGUAUUGCAUGUAAAGGAAAACCAUUGCAAUUAAUGUUUAUCACACCUUUCUCUUGGUCUUUGUAAACUGUUGAUUUGGGUUUUGUGGAGGUUUUGUUGUUCUUGUCCUUGUUGUUUUAAAUCACAGUAGACUUCUGUAUAUCCUGGAUUACUGAACUGGUCUUGUUGACAAGGAUUCCCAAGAAAUGGAUCUCUUGUCUGGCUGACCCGUCCGUGUCGAAAGGGGAUUCUGUAGGAACUAGCUGUGCAUAUUGUGUUGUAGCCAGUUCCAGUACUGAAAGUUUAGGAUGUAUUGAAGGUCACUGUACUGCUAUAUUUUUGUAGAUAUAGAAAACUCUUAAUAAAUUGUUAAUCUUUCUCUUUUUGCUGUA